AUGGUUUCCGUCCAUCACAAUGCAAUGAUCGUCACCGGCCUUUUGCUGGCCUCACUGGCCGCGAGCGAACCGCAAAGUGAGGGGAUUCCUUUUGGGAAGCCAACCAGAGAGAGAUAUUUUCAGUUCCAGCCCGGUUUCCUGAACUUCAACCACGGGGGCUUCGGAGCUACGCCGCGCUUGGUGCGCCAAGCCCAAAGUGGCUUCGUGGAUCAGCAGGAAGCACAGCCAACGGCGUGGUUCGCCUCAGGAGGAUACCAGAAGAUCCUUUCAGAAGUUCGCCCACGCUUGGCGGAAAUGAUGAAUGCAAACUCCUCAGAUGUUGUCUUUCUGGACGACGCAUCUUCCGGACUCAAUGCAGUAUUGCGCAGCCUUCCAUGGCAACCCCAAGAUGUGAUGCUACUAACAAGCGCAGCCUACGCCGUUCUUCCAAACACUGGCAAGUGGCUGCAAAAGCGCUAUGGAAUCCAAAUUGUGCAAGCAGAAGUGCAUUUUCCCGCAAAAAGUGCAGAAGCCAUUUUGGAGCCGGUUGAACGAGCUCUGUUGAAACUGCCACAACCCUGCAAGCUCCGGCUAGCAGUUUUUGAUCAUGUUUCAUCUUACCCACCGGCCAUUCUGCCCGUCGCCCGGCUCGCUCGCAUAGUGAAGGCUCGAUGUGCAGAGACCCUGGUGCUGUUGGACGGUGCGCAUGCUUUGGGACAAGUGCCUAUUGAUAUGAAGCAACUGGCUGAAGCCGGUGUUGAUGCAUAUGUGACGGAUGGGCAUAAAUGGCUCAUGGCUCCAAAGGGCAGUGGUGCACUGUGGGCAUCACGAUCCAUUCAAGACAUCCUGGAACCUGCAAUCAUAUCCUCAGACAAUGCGCCAACAACCAAAUUUCAAGAUCGCUUUGACUACAUUGGUACAAGGGAUUAUACCUCCUGGUGUGCCAUGGGUGCAGCUUUGGACUUCCGAGAAAUGCUAGGAGCCGCUGGGGGAAAUAUGUGUUUCAAGCAGGUUUUGAAAGCUGGUCACCUGGUCACAACUCUCAACUUAGUGGGUGUUGCCAACCAUUUUGUUUCCAAUUUGGCAGAAUCAACAUGAAUCAAACACUUAAAUGGCAACACGCCUUAACGUUUUGUCCACAGGUGGCGAGGAGAAGAUACAAGGCUACACCUCCCAGCUGGCAGGGUGGGCUGGAAGGAUGAUGGCACAUGCCUUUGGCACAGAAACUGUGGUGCCUUUGACGAUGACUCCCUCGAUGUUUGCCGUGUGCCUGCCAAUACCUGCCGAUUGGCCCACGGAUGCUCAGCAAAAGUGUGCGGGCGUGAUUGCUGGAGGUUUGAUCGAAAAGUAUUCCAUGCAGGUGAUCUCUUUCCCAGUGCAUCAAAACUCAGGGAAUGUGACGCAUUGGAUCCGUGUGUCGUCGCAAAUCUACUUGGAACAGCAGGAUUUCCUUGCACUGACUCACGCUGUUCUGACCCUGCGGCAGUCCUGCAAGUCUCGGGUAGGUGAAAGGUUCGGCUCUGAAGUUGUCGUUUGAGAUUAAAAUGCGUGCGAUCAGCAUCAGCAAAGUUGCCCUUACAUGAUUAAGCCUGCUAUGAUAAUGUGAUGCCGCAGGUGUCAGGC